AUGGAUUAUAAUUCACAACCUGCUGGUGGUUAUCCACAGCCACAAACUGGCGUUGCUGGCGCAGGUAGUAAUCGUAGCACUGCGAUAAGUCACAAUGGUAUGCCUAGAUCUCGACACCAGCAACAACUUGAGGAUAUGUUGUUAUCACCUGGCGGGGGUGUAGAUAGCCAUAUGGAUGACAUGAUCCAACGACCCGGAUCUCGUGCUAAUGUUAAUGUUAAUGGACCUAGUAAUACAGGUCCUGGAUAUCUACCACGAAGUGCUAGUGCCAUGUCUUUUGGCAGAAGAAUCUCAACUUCUUCAGUAACCUCAGGAUCUGGUAGAAAUAGCACAGCCAACAAUGCUGGUUUUUUUGGUUGGGGUAAAAAGAAGUUUAGUAAUCAAGAUUUCGAUGAUGAUGACGACGAGGGUGGUACUGGAGCCAUAGGCAAGGCAGAAGAUGUACCGGAUAUUUCCAUGAAUGAGCUAACGGGGUUAAGAGACCGGGAUCGGUAUCCCACAUUUGGAGGUGCUCCUGGUACACCGGGUGGCCCCACUAGUCCUGGUACUGGGGUUCCCUCAAAUGGAAGAACAAUGUCUAUAUCUAGUACUAUGAGUGGUGGCGGAUUUGAUACGACACCUGUGAUUCCAACCUUGAGAAUGGGAUCUGGAACCGCCGGUCCUCAAGGUACCGGACAGUACAGAAAAAACCUCACCAACUCAUUAAAACAAGCUAUUCGCUCUUCUGACGGCAGGCUUGUAGGGCUCAGUCAGAGCAGUCCUGGUCAAGGCCCGGUUCCCGGCCCUGGUUAUGGAUUAAGUGGUCCAAAUGGCAUGAGUGGAGGAAACGGUUAUCCAAUGCAACAACAGCGACCAUAUACACAACACCAACGACCCCCUUCUUUACAAAAUAGCAGGCCUAAUUCUGAUCCGAGGCUGCGGUCAUUAACGGGCCCUCCUAAUCAUGAUUUUAUCGGCCCUCCUCACAAUGGUGGAUCUGCAAGGACCAUGUCGAUGGGUGGGGGCAUUGGCUAUUUCCCUCCAAAUGCCAAUGGUAUUGUUGGCCCAAGUGGUCCUGGAGCGCAAGGUGUAAUUGGUGGGUCGCCUACCAUGUCUGGAAGCCAAGGAUUUGGUCCUGGACCUGGUCCGAAUGUGGGCUUAGGACAGGGUGCUGGAAGGCCCACUCAACGGCUUUCACGGCCACCAUCUCGUCUUUCACAACAACAUGCACCCAUGGUUACGGCUUCUACCAUGACUGAUCCUAUAGAUCUAGGAGAUCUUCCUAGCCUUCCUAGGGAGCCCGGCACAAAUGCAAAUAAGAGCAGUAACUCUAGUACAAACAGCACGGACAGUACAGUGGAUGGGACCGUCACAACCGCCACCACUAUGUCCUCAGUCACCGGCAGCCCUAUCAAGGCCAUACCACUGUCAGCUGGAAACAACUCUGCAGAUUUGAAUGAGUUACGAGCGCUAAACAAGGCCUUGCUUGACGAGGUUCGACUUGUAACUAGUGAGCUAGCAGACUCCAUCCGCCGGGAACUUGGUUUAUCUACACACGAAGAUGAUUCGUCAAUCGACAAUGUAUCCAUAUCUUCAAGUAAUGGAGACAAUGAAAUUAUUGAAGCUCGCCAAAGAGCUCAAAAACUAGUUAUUCUUGAGCGUGAGCUGGAUCUUGAACGCCGCAAGAGAAUGGUUGCACAACAAAAGCAUGAAGUUGACGAGCAACACCAAUUGCUUACUAGCAACCAAUACAAAAUUAUAGAACUGGAAAAAGAAUUGGCCGAGAAAAACAGAUUGUAUGCCAAUGAGAGGCGUGAGUCUGAGAUGCUUCGAGACAAUGUUUCUGCUCUAACCAACGAAUACGAAGAGCUUCAGUUAGAAACAAAUCAACUCAAGAAUGGUAUUCUCCCCGAACUCAAGUCACAUGUGGCUGAUUUAGAGGUGUUAACAGCUGCAGGUAAUCCUAUUGAACUUUUAAAACAAAUUGAAGAACUCAAGGUGGAGAACAAGAAGUUGCAGGGACUAGUAGAGGAAAAUUCAAUGAGGGGACCCUUAGGCGAGAAGAUCAAGGCUGUUGAAAGUCAGAGGGAUGCUUUACGAGAGGCUCUACGAUCAUUAAAAGAACGAAAUGACCACGAAAUCCGUCAAUCCACGGAACGUGUAAGGCAACUCGAGGGUAAGCUCGAGAAGGAAAAGGUUAUUACCAAUCAAAUGCAACGCAAGCUUGUGCAAACUAGAUCUCCUUCAGCAUAUGUUGCUCUAAAUUCACCAUAUGAAGUACCAUCGUCUGCAAACAAUCACCAUACCCUAUCGACCUCUUCUUCCUCGGGAUCAUUGAAUAGUGGACUUAACGGUUCGAAUAACGUCGAUGUAGGUCUUGCAAGCAGUACUGGCCUCGGGCAAAACACUGGAGGGUCAGGUUCCACUCUGAGCAUUCCCAAAAGACGUGGAAUUGGUAAUCUACCUGGCAUCACCCCUCCAGCAAUGUCAUUUAGUGAAAUGAGACCCGCCUCGCCAUCCCCAGUUAAUUUUGAAAUCUCCCAAGAUCCUGCUUGGAUAGAUUAUGUUAAUCCGUCGAAGCUGCCUGUAAGCCAGGCCCAUGCCCGUCAAUUUUCUUCAACAAGCUAUUCCUCGCAGGCCUCAAACUCUCCUACUUCCGAAACCGCGUCGUUAUUUAAGACACCUACUUAUCGUUCCAAUGCUAGUAACAGUCCAACAACUGGCUUGUCUGCCAGUUCCUUGUCAAUUUCCAAUGGACGUACAGAGCACCUACCGCUUUCCCUAGCACCGGCUGCGGCGACAGCAACUACAUCGUCGUAA